UAUCCAUGCAGUACAUGUAUUUAGUACAGUGGAAAGAAGAGAAAAGAAAGAGAGCCAUCUUCGAGUCGAGUCGCCUGCUUGCAUUGUAUGUCCUAUAGCAUAUUUAUAGCCUAGAGAGUAAGAGUGAUCUUCAAGUGCUUCUUCUUGCUGCAGUACGGUUGUAUUAUCAGUGACGCCUUGGCAAUGGAGCCUUCAGACGAGAAAAUAUUGGAAUCAGUGAGAGACAUUCUCAAGGAUGCUGAUCUUAACACGAUAUCUGCCAAGAAAGUGCGCAAGAUGCUCGAGGAACAAUUCGGCGUGGACCUUACAGAGAGAAAGGCAUCAAUCAGCACCAUGACCCUGGAUGUUGUAGAGGAACUGAAUGCAGCAAAUCAAUCGGAGGACGAGGAACAAGAGGAAUCAGCUGACGAGAGUGAAGAAGAUGAAGUGGAGGAUGUUAAGCCUGCUGUCAAGCGGAAACGUAGUACGAGCAGUGUCAGCCCAGCCAAGCGUUCCAAGCAAUCUGCGCCCGAUAGUCCUCUCAAGCGAGCCUGUGCGGCCAAGCCGAAGAGUCGGAGAGUAAAACGCGACGAAGACGGCGAGGAGAAAAAACGCUCCGGUGGAGCAUACAGUAAGGUUCUCGAUUUGUCGCCGGAGUUGGCAGAACUAAUGGGUGCAGACAAGAUGAAACGCUCAGACGUGGUCAAGCAGAUGUGGGCCAUCAUUAGAGAGAGAAAUCUAAAGGACCCGAAGGAUGGUCGCUAUCAUAUCUGCGACGAUCAGCUCUUCAAGGUGUUCGGUGUGAAGCGAGUUCAGACAUUUGGUAUGCUCAAGUACCUGAAGAAGCACAUGACGUGAUGGCCGCAAUCUCCACUCUGGGGGGCACAGCGCCCAACCUAUGAUUCUUUGAAAUCUCCAUGGCAAUGGCAGCAGCAGCUUGGCUCCUCACUAGCGCCACGAUCAACGAAGUCGACCCAGUGUGUUAGGAUGUGUGUACCUCGGUAUGCAGCACCCCGCACCUGUUUUGCUGAUCUGCACCCGUUCCGAACGCUGCAUUGAGUUACAGCAGGCGACACUGCUUGCUUUUCUCAAGCACUACUGCUACCACGGGAGAGAACUUUCAAUCUCGAUUGCUAUCAAGUACCAGCAACCUUUGGAUUAUGUUGUCGAGUUCCACUUCCUGAGGAUGCCUGCAUGCUCGUGUGUGAUUUGUAGUUUCGUAUGAAGCAGCAAACUGCUCUAUUGUUGCAGUAAGUGCCUCUCCUUGUCCGCUGUGCGUUGCCUCUGCUAGAGGCAUUAUCUCGUGCACAUGGCUGUCUGUCUCCCCCGCCCCCUCAUAACUCAGUACAUACACGUCAAUGCUUCCGCUGGACUGUCAAGAUAGUUGUAAAUGGCAACGAUCACAUGUCUCGUCCAUUGGCCAUCAGUCCGAACCACCCCAAUAUGUUGCUAGUUUCAGUUCCUAUUUAUCGCACCUUGAUUGUUCCUGCUGGGUCCCAGCAGCAUCAUCGAUGGUAAUAUUGGUGUUGUGUUGGGUUUGUGACUUGUCUUGUCAUUGCGGUCAUUUUCAGCUAUGUUUUACAUAGAUAUGCUUAUUUCGGCUCUUUCAGCUUUCUACUCAGAGCAUGGUUGUACUUUUGUUUUGUAGUACGGUAGUUUCAAUUCCCUCAACUAAAGAAAUAUAGAUAACAGAACUUAACAGAACAAGUUCUGGUAAGAACUAA